CGCUUCUCUUCUUCUUCCUGGGCGCGAGGGGAUAACAACCCUCGUCCUCCUAUUCCUGCAGUCUGCAGUUGGAUUUCCGAAGGCGACGUGCAGACCCCUGGGCUAGAAGAAGUGGGAGCGGGAUCCUCCACCCCUGGGGACGGCGUCCAGCAGCGUGGCAAGGGUCUCGCGGUCCCCGCGGUCCAGGGCGUGUACAAGCGCCGAGGCGCCCGCGUGAUCUCGGACUGAGGGGUCUGCACCGUGGGCAAGGAGCAGCGAGGCCACGGCGGCGCCCCCACCCCCGGCGCAGGCGUGCAUGAGAGCGGUGCGCCCUAGGCGGUCUGCGAUGUUGGGGUCCGCGCCUUGCUCCAGAAGCCUCAAGUGGGCGGGCCUCCCUCCUUGGCUCCUAGAUUGGCCAGGAGAAUUCACCAAUGGGAAGCUCUGGGAGGCGGACCUAGAACGCCACCAGCUAGAGGAGGAAGAGCAAAUUUCAAGUUGGCUCCGCGUGGGGGAGGAGCAGCAGGAUCCCAUCCGGGAUACUGGAUGUCACGGCUCUGUUAUGUGUUUUUCCCUUGGAUCUCUGAAUACCCAGGCCCCCUCCACCAUGGCCAGCUGGGGUGGGGGCCGGGGUCGUGGCCGGGGCCAGUUGACCUUCAACAUGGAGGCUGUGGGCAUUGGGAAGGGGGAUACUCUUCCUCCACCCACCCUGCAGCCUUCUCCACUCUUCCCUCCCUUGGAGUUCCACCCAGUGCCUCUGCCCUCAGGAGAGGAAGGGGAAUAUGUCCUGGCACUGAAGCAGGAGCUACGAGGGGCCAUGAGACAGCUCCCCUACUUCAUUCGGCCAGCUAUCCCCAAGAGAGAUGUAGAGCGUUACUCAGACAAAUAUCAAAUGUCAGGGCCGAUUGACAGUGCCAUCGACUGGAACCCUGAUUGGCGACGUUUACCCCGGGAGCUAAAGAUCCGAGUGCGGAAGCUACAAAAGGAGCGGACCACCAUUUUGCUCCCCAAAAGGCCUCCUAAGACCACAGAAGAUAAGGAAGAAACAAUACAGAAACUAGAGACCCUGGAAAAGAAGGAGGAAGAAGUGAGUUCAGAGGAAGAUGAGGAGAAAGAAGAAGAAGAAGAGAAGGGAGAGGAAGAAGAGGAAGAGUAUGAUGAAGAAGAACAUGAAGAGGAAACUGACUACAUCAUGUCAUAUUUUGACAAUGGAGAGGACUUUGGGGGUGACAGUGAUGACAAUAUGGAUGAGGCUAUAUAUUGAGGAAUGACCCUAAACAAUACCCAGACCUUCAGGUCUUUCUUGAUUUAGGAUACAGAGUAACUGUCCCUAUUCUUUGGUUUUGUGGACAAGCAAAUCAUUUGCUCAGAGGCCAGCUAACCUGUUUGGUCCUUGGAGACAGUAAUGGAAGAUGAUAAGCUUUUCUACCCUUCCCUUUUCUCUACCCUGUAUCAACUCCGAUAUGUUGGGAAAAGGGCAAAGAACUGCUAUCUUAAUUGUAUAAAAGGGAGGAAGGGUCAGAAGAAGAACUGGAGUUGUUCGAGCUGGAACAGCUGUACACAUGUCCCUGCCCAUUUAUUAUAGUUCUUUGUGGAGAUAACUGGGGUAGGAGCAGUUAGGAAGGGUGAGGCCAGUUUUAUAUUUUUAAAUAAAAUGUUUUUAUCUGUCUCUGUA